GGAGGGGAAAAAAAAGCCUUUUCCAAGUCAUGCAAGUAAGGAUGAGAAGGGAGGAAGCUGCGGAGCGUCUGCUGAUUCUGAGAGCUCGCCCUUCUUCCCGUGUAAGAUCUACUGGGAAGUUGCUUUUCAACAAGUUGUUACACUUCUGAGACAUAUUAAAUCAGGGCUCUACCUGAUGAGUAAGACUCGAUCUACUGUCUGUGAAAUGACUGACCAUGUUCCCUGUGAGAAGUUUGAGGCCAAUAUAUUUGCCAAGAACCGGUGCCAGAACUGUUUCCGAACAGUCGCUGCUCACCAGCAUGGUCACCAGGAAUUGGAGGAACAUGGAGUGAAAGCUCCCAACUGUGUUGCUGGUGCAGAUGAAUCUAUUCCCCGUGACCCAUUGGAUCCCGUGUGCAUUUUAGUGCCCCAGUGUGAGCUCUAUGUCUGUGUAGGCUCAGAGGAUAGAGCUGAAAGUUGGAAAGAAAGCUUGGAGUACACCCAGCUCAGUUGCAGAGCUCAAGACAAACCUGAAGAAGCCAGAACGUGCCUUGACACCAACAUCACCCCAUGCAUUGAUACAGAAACGAAUGACACACUGGGCAGGGACUGGGAAAUGACCAGGAUCCUUGACAGCAUUUUGGGAUCUGAUAAAGAAGGCAUGAUGUACUAUGCAGGCCAGAAGCAAGAUGUACGGCCUGAAAACAUACCCUCAGAUAGACCCAGAUGGGCUGAGGCAGUAUCUUCUGGAAAAACAGAUUCUUGGAGCUGUCUGAAAGCAGGAUCUCGAGCGGUGAGCCAGGACCACGGGGAUGGCAAAAGGAAGCAUCAAGCGGAGAGUGGCUAUUUCUCUCUGGAGCGACGGAAAUCGGAGCCCAGCCGGGCUUCAUCCCCUCCCCGCGUGAGCUGCAGCACUCUCCCUGCGUGGGGUGAGGGCCCAGGAGUGGGAGGGUGGCCCACUUCCUCUGCCACCUCUGCAGAUUCGGACCUGGGCUGGCGCACUAGUGGCAGUGGCGGUGAGGGUAGGCACGGGCUGAUGAGGCAGGAGUACACCGCCUUGGCAGAUCUGCCGAAGCCCAAGCGGCUGAACCACCGGCAGGCUUUUGAAAAAGACUACAGUGGCUCUCGCACCCGAAGUCCUGGCCGGGCGGAAGUGGAGCGGAUCUUUGGACCUGAGCGCAGGAAGUCGGAGACACUGGAGGCAUUUCAAGCCCUCGAGGAGGGCCUCUUGGAACGGCUGGACAGUAAGAGCUUGAAGCUAGCCAAGGAAGGGCGGCUGGUCAGAAGGCAGUCGAGCCCCACUUUGCGCAGAGAUGUGAGCAAGAGACUUCCACGGGACUCUGCCCAGCCCAGCAGAAGUGGAGGAGAGUCCCUGCGUUCAGGGAGACCUGAUCAGCGACAGGAAAGAAUCAGGAGGAGUCAAGGCCAGACUCUGCACUCAGGAAAUGCCCCUCAGCACCUGGAAAGGGAGAGUCGGAGCAGAGGGGCGACCCCGCACUCCAGUGCCCCAGUUUCCCAGCGAGCAGAGAGAGGUGGGGGGAGACGAGACGAACAGACUCGCAAUCUGAGAGGUGGUGGGGAGAAGGCUCCCCUUCUUCCUGGGGGUCUCAGAAAGGAUAGUAGUAGACCAAGCCAGCUGAUGGAGACCAGCCAUUCCAAGACCUCAGGGAAGACCACAGAGACAAAGUGGAAAAGCUGCUUGAAUGCUUUGCAUGUUGCCAAUCCUGCAAAGAGUUUGGAUACAAGUGAUGCGGGCCACAGAAGGCUACUGGAGAGGUCCAAAGAGAGUGACCGGAAGGCCCGUGGCAAACCUUUGCUCCCUGUAGGUAUAACUGAACGUCUGAGGGAGGACAUGAAAGACUGCCAAGAAUGUAUACAUGCUUUCAGCCUGGGGAGGGGAGCACCAGCUGGAGGGAAAGAUGGGCAGACAGUGAGUCCUCCAAGACUCCAAGAGGUUCGUUGGGGAAGCCGAGGAGAGACCAAGCGCCCCCUCAGUCCUGGAAGAGACACAGGUAUUGGUGUGAGAAGCCAUGGGGAAGCUAUUGGGAUGUUUGGGCCAGAAAGGUGUCCCAGUGGAAGCCAACAAGGGACUGGACGCUCCCUCAGUCCAGGGAGAAGUAGAGAAAACAGUGGGAAGUCCUCUAGAGAGACGAGUCGUUCUCCCAGCCCUGGGAGGCUGAUGGAAGCAGGUAGCCAUGCUUGCCCCAAACAAGCAAGUUGCUGUGCUGUUUCUGCACAGCACCCACAGCCUUGCUGGAAAAACCAAAGGGAGGCAGUGCCGGCAGCAGCUGCUGGAAGGAAUCAAGGCCCAGAGAAUGACUGGCCUGGCAAAGGCAGGCCAUCAAACCGUUUUGUUCCUAGGAAGGAGAAUGGCUGGAAGGGUUGCAGCCAGCUUUCCUGUUCCACAAGUCUGCCAGGUAGUGAGCACAAGAGGGCUGGCCAAGGACAACCUGCCUGCUCCGCGAAACCAGAGGGUAGCCCCCAAACCCAAGAAGGACCCUUGUGUCAUGUGCACCCCAUGCAGCUCUUAGAGAGAGAGUGGCUAGGCCAAGGAGACUACCAGCACUCUGCAAAGUCUGGGCAGCCCCGGCAGCGGGAGAGCGUUUGGAGAAGCCAAGGAAGCCCAACAGGAUGGAUGGAUGACGAUGAACAGCAAAAUGUGGAGAGAUGCACAAGUCUCCGGAGGCUGGAGAAUCAAGCAGGGAGUGACUGGAGCAGUGAAGAUGACAAGCUUUCCUGCCAGCACCAGCUAGAUGGACCACAACCUCUGAAAAGCUCCUGCUCCUCAAGGAACCAAGACAUUUAUCUGGACACCAGCAAGAAACAGGAGCCGGAUCUUCUCAAUUUCAAGAAGGGAUGGAUGUCCAUACUGAACAAGCCGGGAGAGUGGACGAAGCAUUGGUUUGUGCUGACAGACUCGAGCCUGCGAUAUUACAGGGACUCCAAUGCAGAGGAGGCAGAUGACCUGGAUGGCGAAAUCGACCUGCGCUCUUGUACCGACGUGACAGAAUAUGCAGUGCAGCGGAACUAUGGUUUCCAGAUACACACUAAAGAUGGCGUCUUCACGUUAUCUGCAAUGACAUCAGGAAUCCGACGGAACUGGAUUGAAGCUCUGAGGAAAAGUAUACGCCCUGCCAGUGUGCCAGAUGUCACAAAGCUCUCUGAUUGCAACAAGGAGAAUGCCUUCCGCAGCUACGGGUCUCCCAAGAGCUCUUUCCGGUCAGAGGAGCAGCGACCCAGCACUGGACCUGAGGUCAUAGCCAAGGGCAGUGGCAGCAGCCGGAAGGCAGACAGCCAGCGCCAUGCCUUUGACUACGUGGAGCUGUCCCCCUUGCAGCAGGGCUCCCCUUUGAAUCAGGGCUCCCCACAGCGGACAAGGGGAAGCACAAGAGCUACAGACGGCAAGCGUGAAGAGCUGGAACGGGACCUCGCCCUCCGCUCCGAGGAGCGCCGGAAGUGGUUUGAGUCUCCGGCUACUGGCGUCCUGCAGACAGAUGGCCCCGUGGGGGAUUUCGGUCCUAAAACUGGGGUCCAGGACUCCGCGGGGAUGCCACUCACUGAGGCUCAGAGGAAUCGGCUGAGUGAAGAAAUCGAGAAGAAAUGGAAGGAACUGGAACGUCUGCCCCUAAAGGACUCCAAGCGGGUACCUCUGAUGGCGCUGCUGAACCAGGGCAAAGGAGGUCGUGAGGAUGCCAGCGAGGCACUAGAGAAAGAGGUCCAGCUGUUGAGGUCACAACUGGAGUCCUUGCGUGCCCAGAAUGAGGCAAAAUCUCACAGAGAUGUGCAAAUACCUCGAGGUUACAUCUCUCAGGAUGCGUGUGAGCGCAGUUUAGCCGAGAUGGAGACUUCCCACCGGCAGGUCAUGGCAGAGCUGCAGCGGCACCACCAGCGGGAGAUGGAGCGGUUGCAGCAGGAGAAGGAGCGGCUUUUGUCUGAGGAGGCAGCUGCCACUGCAGCAGCCAUUGAAGCACUGAAGAAGGCGCACAGGGAGGAACUCAACAAAGAGCUCAACAGGACACGUAGUUUCCAGAAGGGGGUAUCAGACGUGAAUACUCUCCAGCAACAACAUCAGUCCGAUGUGGAGUCUCUGAAGCGGGAGCUGCAGGUGCUUUCGGAGCAGUAUUCCCAGAAAUGCCUACAGAUCGGGGACCUUGUGCAGAAGGCAGAGGCGCAGGAGCAAACACUGCAGCACUGCCAACAAGAGGGAAAGGAGUUGCUGCGGCAAAACCAGGAGUUACAGAGGCGUCUGUCUGAGGAGAUUGGGCAGUUACGGGCCUUCAUUGCAGCCCAGAGCUCACGGGAUGGUGCUUCACACAACAACGAAAGAAGCUCUUGUGAGUUAGAGGUGCUGCUCCGAGUGAAGGAGAAUGAACUCCAGUAUCUGAAACAAGAAGUCCAGUGUCUUAGGGAUGAACUUCAAAUGAUGCAAAAGGACAAAAAGUUUGCAUCAGGGAAAUACCAGGACGUCUAUCUGGAGCUGAACCACAUCAAGCAGCGGUCUGAGCGAGAGAUUGAGCAGCUGAAGGAGCACCUGCGCUUAGCCAUGGCGGCCCUCCAAGAGAAGGAGAUGCUACACAACAGUAUCGGUUAGCUGUCUUUGUGUCCCUGGCCUUGAAGGACAGCGUUGUAUCCUAGCAACCAGCAUCCCUCUUCCAGGAAACAGGAACAUGACUCUUGUCAGACAAUCCAUCGCAUGCGCCUGCAUAACUCAGAGUGUUUGGGGCUGGAUCCUACUAUUUGCACCUUCUUUCAGAUUUUAUACACAAAAAUAUAUUUUAUAUGGUUUGGGGGUGGGUGGGUUUACAUUAGGAAAUCCUAUAUUUUGUUUUUAACCAGCAAUUGACCAGAGAAGUGAACUAGGUCCUCCUUCCCAGCCUCCCUUUUAGUCCUACUUAAUCCCUCUUCCAAAUCCUUGAGUAUAUAUCUAUAAUGAGUAUAUGGCUACCUUCUUCCCAUUCUGCUCAAGCAGACAAAUGAAGGCCACGCACACCUCACCUUUAUGACUAGUCUACUGGAUUGGACAGUGUUGCCUUAGGGUGAUCCAUGGUUUGAGAUGCACCUGGCUGGGAGAAAGUUGCGCUGGCAGUUAUGUCAGAAGGACAGGUUUGGUCCACAAAUUAUGCAGAGGUUUCUGUUCUGUUUGUUUGUUUGAUUUCACUAAGGAUCUGGGACUAGCCAUUCAUUUUGAUCUACUCAAAAGAAAGGUAGAUUUUGCUAUGUUGAUAAAAAAUGUCCAUGCAUCCUACUGUGAAGUCAGUAUCUACUGCAUUCCAGAAGCUCAUCUUCCAUUCGUGUGUUCCUGGUAGGGAGAGACUUCACCACUGAUGUCGCCAGAGCCAAAAAUGAUGAAGGCGGCAGAUUUUUCUUUCUUUCUUUCUGCACAAUUGUAAACUACCUUAAUAAAAUCCUCAAGAGA